GAGAAUCCCUCCUUUCCUUGCAAACUCUUCCGAGGUGUUGCUGCUGAAAUUCUAUCCACCUGCAGAAUGGAUCCUUCUGACGUCUACAGCAAACCUAUUCUUAUAAGAAGGAUCAAAGUCAGAGCUGAAAACAAAAAAGUGAGCAGAAAUUCCAAGUAGCCACAAUCAGCCCUGCUCCCUGCUGCACAGGACUAAGCAAUUCCUCCAGGCAAUUUGUGGAUGUGAUAAAACAAGAUGAGCGAAGAAAACAAGUCCGAUGUAUUGUCUGUCUCAGAGCAGCAGCCAAAAGCCGAGGGCAAGAAACUGCAGUUUAAUUUAGUACACAAUUACCCCCAGAAGAACGCAGAGAUACUGAGCAGUCAGUAUGGCUUCAAUAUAUUCUUGGCCGGACUCCUGCUGAUGUUCGCUUGGGCGAUCCAUGCCGUGGGAAUUACAGACAGAGACUUGUUGUCUUAUCUCAUUACCUUGAUGUUGAUUCAAAUGAUUUGGAUGUUGUGGUACAUCUUUCGGAGUCAGUCUAUUAGAAGGUCCAUCAUAGAGAAAGAUACAGAUGCAGGCGCAAGGUGGCUCCGAUGUGGCAUCACCCUGUUUGCGGUUAUCACCCUUAUAUUGGAUUCUUUCAAAAUUGGCUAUUAUAUUGGCUAUUCGGAGUGCCUCUCCAUAACUGAAGGGAUCUUUCCCGUCACGCACACGAUACACACCCUUCUGCAGGUUUAUUUCUUGUGGUUUCACGCCAAGGAUAUCAUUCAGUCUUUUAAAACACUCGAAAGGUUUGGUUUGAUCCAUGCUGUGUUUACAAACCUCCUUCUCUGGGCAAAUGGAAUUCUAACGGAAUCCAAGCACGAGCUUAAUGAACACAAGGAGAGGCUGAUCACCCUUGGAUUUUCCAACAUUACAAUGGACCACCACACUCCAGAAUGCAACUGCACCUCAAGCGUGUGUUCCAUAUUUUCACAAGGAAUAUACUACCUCUAUCCUUUUACAAUCGAGUACCAUAUCCUGGCCUCCACCAUGCUAUAUGUCUUAUGGAAAAAUAUUGGACGUACAGUAAAGCACCAUCAGCAGCAGAAAAUCCAUUUUAAAUUUCAUGGCAUAACCAUUGGCACAAUUUUGGGUCUGAUUGUCCUUACGACGACUGUUGCAGUUCUGGUGGUAUACCUCAUCCAGAUUGGACGUUCAAAGAGCAAGAGCGAGCUGGCUCUUAAUAUGUUUUACCUCUAUGCCAUUACGGUGUUAACUCUUAUGUGCACAUCAGCUAUCAUUGGCCUCAUCAUAUACCGAAUAGAAAACAAGUCACUGGAUGACAGUGAGAGUCCUGCUAAAAAACUGGACUCAGAUCUUUUAGUUGGCUCUGCAUGUGGCUCUUGGCUUAUAUCUUGGGGAUCCAUAUUAGCUAUAAUCUGUGCAGAGACCCAUCCGGACUACACAUGGUAUAACUUGCCCUACUCCAUACUGGUUAUUAUAGAGAAAUACAUUCAGAAUUUGUUCAUAAUCGAAUGCAUACAUCGCAAAGAGGAAGAACCAACAGACGACCAUUCUGUUGAAAGAAUCUUCUCUGUGUCCGCAAGAAGCACUAUUUCCCUCGCCUCCUCUUCGUAUGAUGUUUUCAGCGACUCUGUGACCAUCUGCAACAAAGAGUUUCCUUACAUUUCCAAUUCAGAAGUACCCAUUGGUGAAGACUGUGCAGAGGAACAAAGGAAUCAAGAUAAUAAUAACUCCAUUAGACUCACGCCAUGCAAGGUUUCAAUUCACGCCACCAGACCAGCAAAACUCAACAAAAAAAGGAGAGUCUUGAAAAACAUUGCAGCCUUUUUGUUCCUUUGCAAUAUUUCACUCUGGAUCCCACCAGCAUUUGGAUGCCGGCCUCAGUAUGACAAUGGAUUGGAGGAAAUUGUUUUUGGUUUUGAGCCCUGGAUUACAGUCGUCAACCUGGCGAUGCCUUUCUCCAUCUUCUACCGAAUGCAUUCUGCAUCUUCGCUGUUUGAGGUUUAUUGCAAAGCCUGAAACAUGAAUAAAACAGAGGAAAAAAGAGGAUUUUGGGACCUUAUUGAUGGCUAAUAAUAAUAAUAAUAAUAAUGCGGUGUAACGUUUACAGGCAGACAAUGAAUGGUACAUUUGUGUGCUGGAAAGUGCCUUUCAAUAUCCGCGUUCUUGCUGCCUGUAUGCAGCCAUUUGUAGGUCUCAUGUUCCCAUUGAGGGUAUAAAUCCCACCGUAUGUAUUUUUCUAAAGACUCAUAAUAUUCCCCAUUAUACUUCAAUAUUUAAGACAGUUCCAACAUAUCACAUGUCAUUAUUUCAGACAGUUCUAUAGGUGCAGUUUAUAAUAAAUCAUUAAGCCACCAUUAUUAUUUUUAAUUAUAUGCAAUUAUAAUACAUUAAUUUUAUUACUUUUACAAUGACAGCCAUCUAUAUGAACGUAAUAGUUUAUUGUAUAUAGCAGCUCUCUUUCAAUCAAUUUCCCUCUUAAUCACAUGCAACAGAUCCGUCUCUGUCCAGUUAUUUGUAUGGUCAAAACCCACUAGAGGGCACAAGUUGAACAUCCCACGGGUCAAGCGGAUUGGGGCCGACAUUCACACAAUAUUUGUGGGUAGCUGAUGGGUUUGAGCCAAGCUCUUCCUUGCUAAGUCCCUGCCCGCGACUUUACUGUUCCCCACUUGGGUCCCUGGCAACCUCUAUUUAUAGGCGCACCUGCCCCGCCCCCUUCAUGGAAUCGGAGAUGGAGUGGGCAGGGGUCUAUAAAUAGAGCUGGAUUGGUCCAGGUUGGGCAUGGGUGAGGGUUGGCAGCAGACGGGGUUGGGGUCAGCCACGGAUUGACUUCUUGUCGACCCCCACAUCACUAAUCCCUACUAAGUGAUUCCACAAUUGAAGCUAAUAGAUGCUCCUUUCAACAAAUAUUUAUUGUUUGCUAUUUGUAUUUAUUAUUCUGCUAGUGAAUUGCAAAUGUAUUUUCUCUGUGUGUCAUAUGCUUUUUUCUAUGAAUGUUCACUUGGAAUGGUCACAUUGAAUAUCUACUGUAAGGAGAAAGGACAAGGAACGUGUAAUUCACAUGUCAUAUGAGUAUUAAUUCAUUCUAAUGUUUGAGCCACUUAUCUAACCUUAAUGGAGUCAGUCCAAUAACCCAUAGUAUUUUAAUACUGGGUCAGAUUUACUGGUGGUUCCUGCUCUAUCAGGAAUUGUAGUUAAUUCCAGAGCACCCAUAAAACCUACUGGUGUUUGAUGGCAACUGAACAUAUCUGAUGCACAGACACACUGAUUUGCUUGGUUUUCCUAGGUACUUUUUUAUUGUCAGGAAAGGGUUUUGUGAUUAUGAUCAUUGGAACUGCAAGGAAUCCUUUCAGGGUUCAUUUGUAAAUUUGCCCCAUUGUCUUUCUUAAACUACAAAACUAACUGUAGAUGUUUAUAUCACAAUAGCCUUGGAUAUUAUGCUUCCCCAGUAAGUCAUCCAAGCAACAAGGCAUUAACAGAAUCUGCCAUUACAACAUGACUAGGAAGGGCAUUCCCCAACCUCACUGCCCUCAC